CAAAGCGGAGGGCGAGGCCCUGGCCUCGCGCACUUUCGAUUCUGCCUGCAGCCGUUUAAGUCCUGCUGCCGCCCAGGGGUGGGUGAAAACUCCCCCUGAAUGAUGGGUGAGACAUUCUCCCAUUUGGGCUCUCGGGAGGAGAACAGGUCGAUCCUGCCCCCCAGCCCGGCCACUGGCAGCAAUGCUGCCGACUACUUCAGCACCCGAAGCAGCAAAUCUUUCUGUUCCCGAGCACCUUGUGAAGGGGCUGCCCGUGCCAGCUUUGUGACUUGUCCCACCUGUCAGGGCAGCGGGGAGAUCCCGAAAGAGCUAGAGAAGCAGCUAGUGGCCCUCAUCCCCUAUGGGGACCAGAGGCUGAAGCCCAGGCGCACGAAGCUUUUCGUGUUCCUGGCUGUCCUCAUCUGCCUCGUGAUCUCCUCCCUUAUCGUCUUUUUCCUGUUUCCCCGGUCCAUCGUCGUGCAGCCCGCGGGACUCAACUCCUCCACGGUGGCCUUUGACGAGGCUGACAUCCAUCUCAACAUAACGAAUAUCUUAAACAUCUCCAAUAGCAACUACUACCCCAUCACGGUGACCCAGCUGACCAUCGAGGUUCUGCACCUGUCCCUCGUGGUGGGGCAGGUCACCAAUAGCCUCCUCCUCCACAUCGGUCCUUUGGCCAGUGAACAGAUGUUUUAUGCAGUGGCCAACAAAAUCUGGGAUGAAAACACAUACAAAAUCUGUUCCUGGAUGAAAAUCAAAGUCCACCACGUGCUUUUGCACAUCCAGGGCACCCUGACCUGUUCCUACCUGAGCCAUUCAGAGCAGCUAGUCUUCCAGAACUAUGAGUACGUGGACUGCCGGGGAAAUUCCUCAGUGCCCCACUUGCUGGUCCCUCAUCCGCCGUGACCUGCCUGCUGGUCCCACACUCCAGGCCCCUGCCAGCCUGGGCUGUAUCUCCCAGAACCCAAGGAAGGACUACAGUGACUUUGCCAAAGGAAAAGCUCUGCUUUAUUCUACCUCCCUCCACCACACACACACCCCCUCAACCACAGGAAGCUCUAUGUGGAAGUUAACUUUACACACACACACACACACACACACACACAUAUGCACAGAUGCACGUCACUCACGUCCUCUGACUUCCACCAGAAAAGUCUAGUUCUUCUAGGAGCCAGCCAGGCUUUCCCCUGUGUCUGUCUUGAGAAGAAUCUGACCUGAGACAGCCUUGAGCUGUCCAGAGUGGCAUUUGCUCUCUGUGCUGAGAACCUUGGUUGCCUCGCUCCUCUGGGGCUGGCCUUCCUCCUGCCUGAAGGGAGAAAUCUUUAAUUUUAUCUGGCUUUUAAAACAGGGAUCUUUUUCAGGUUCCCCACCCAGUGAUGGGAGGGUGACUUGAGGGAUGUCCGUGCGGUCUCCUUCCUUCUGGCUUUGGUCACGUGACAAAGGGGUGGGGCUGGUCGAUUUCUCUCCUGGGAACUUGUGCCCCGAUGGCAAGGUUGGCUAAGGGCCUGCAGCUCCCGGGCCUCCCAGGUUAAAGGCUGCCCCCCUUCCUAGGAAGACAGAGCUUUUCUCUGGCUAAAGCUUCUCGCCAGAAAAUUGUUUUAUUAUUCCCAUCACAGCAGGAGCAAACAUAGUAGGGGAGGAGAGGGAGGCAUCUGGCACCCCCUCCGUCUCUCC